AUGCAGACCGAGUCGGCGGCGCCCGUCGGCGUGGAUGGGGUCAAGGUCGAAUCCGGCGCCGCCCCCGCGACCGCGGGAACCACCGAACCCGAGGGUACGGGCGCGUCGAUCUCGAUGGAGGGUCUGACGGAUGAGCAAAAAUACGAGCUCGAGGUGGCGGAGUACCGUCGCAAGAUGGUGGUGUACGAGCAGGAGAAGGCCAAGUACGACGCGGAGAUGGCGGUGUACAACAAGAAGGUGAAGGAGACGCACAAGCAAGUGGCCGAGAAGGUGAGCGCGUCGAACAAGCUGGCGUGCCGCCCUCUCACCGAGGUGCCGUUCGCCUCGCUCAAAGACGCCAUCGAGAGGCUCCUGCCCUACCACAUCUACGAGGCGCCCGACGAGGACGAGGCGCACCACGGGCUGGUACCUCCCAUCGUGGAGAGGAGGAAACGGAAGGACGGCGAGGGCGUGAGGACGGCGGCGGAGGCGAAGAAGGAAAACGGCGAAAAGAAGGAUGGGGAUGACGAUGGAGAGGCGAGGGAGGGCGACGACUCAGCCGAGGACACGACGGAGGAGGUUGAGGUGUGCCCGGCUCGAUCGCGGACCCAGGCGUGGUCGGAGCUGUGCGCGCAGUACGCCAGGGAUUUCAAGCGGGAGUUGGACGACAAGAGGAGGCGGGUGGACGCGUUUGACGCGGGGAUUUGGUCCGCCUCAGACGCGGGCGACGGCUCGGGCGUGGAGACGAUCUCGGGCGCCGGCCGAGACAAAACUGUGGGUCCGUCCGCGCUGAGGCCGGAGGAGGCGUACGUGGCGGAGAUGUUGGCGUUCGAGGAGACGAAACGACGGCACGAGGAGCUGCGGGCGGAGGUGAGGCGGGCCGAGGCGGAGGUGAGACGGUUCAGGGACGAGCAGCUGGCUCGGCUGGCAAACAGGGAAAUCGUCGACGGCGCGACGGCGUCCGGCGACGCGGGCAAGUCUGGGGAACCGGACCCGUCGCGGCCGGACGUGCCGAAACCAUCGACGAACGUCCUUCCCGGCGUGCCGAUCGCGAGGGCGGACUGA